AUGGAUGGAAAGGUAGUUGUCUUCAUCUGUACAAGCAGCGGAUCCCGUCUGCCGCUAUACCGUCGCCUCCGCUCGCUCGGCUUAACGCUGGUGUUGGUGCACCCCUGUACGCCAUCCCCCGUGUUUGACGGCAUCUUUCAGUACUGGCUGCAGCACGACACAGACGAUGUGGAGGGGGUAUACCUUGCCUUGUCAGCUUUCUUGGCAUCGCAUAGGCUUGUCCCUGACGCGGUUGUGUCCUUUGACGAAUAUGGUGUUCACCAGGCGGUGGUACUCGCCGACCGGCUGAAUCUCACCCCGGUCCCUCUGCCAGAUGCUGCAUUGCUACAGAACAACUUGAAGCACUCUUUUCGCGGCUUCUGCAGCGAGCAUGGUAUCUCGUCGCCGAAGUCGAGGCCGCUUCCCGUAGAGAUGCUGCUUCCGACAUUAGGGGAGAUGAGCAACCUUGCCCGUGACGCCGAUGCGCUGUCAAUGGCGUUCGAGAAGACUCAGCCGGCGCUGACCAAGGCUGUUUCAAUGACAAUGGAGGCCUCUGCGUUUACGUUUCCAAUAGUACUAAAACCCAGUCCAGGGGCUGGAAGUCUGUUGGUUCGCUUGUGCACAACUCUGGACGCGGCGGUGGCGUUUGUGUGGCACAUGUGGACGACGCUUGCGAAUCAUCCCGACACGAAGCAUUUUGCCGCCCUCACUAACAGGAAGUUGGCUGGAGCUGUGCGCAAAGGCGUCACUUCUCCUGUGCAAAUACUCGUGGAGGAUUUCAUUGAGGGGCAGGAGGUUGACUUGGACUGCAUCAUUGAGCACGGGGUCGUGCGCUUCUGCUCCAUCUCAGACAACUUUGCGCCUUCUCUGCCGUACUUCGCUGAGGUUGGCGGGCUCUGCCCGUCGUCACUGGGGUACCGUGCUCAGUGCGCCAUGCGAGACUUGCUCGACUCAUACGUCCGUGCGCAUGGAGCGCGCUUGCACGGCGUUAUCCACUUUGAAGCCAAGUACGAUCCAGCACGCCAGCGAGCCUAUGUGAUUGAGGUGAACUGUCGGCCUGGAAGCGCGGAGACAAGUGCGAUGCUGCAAACGGUGUAUCGUGGGCUAAACCUGGGUGAGGCGUUGGUGCGCUGUGCGUUGCAGAUGCCUAUUGAAGAGCAACUCGCGAGCUUGUUUCCAGAGCUGCUAGCCAGCCAGCAAGAAAAAUCUGCGGCGCAGACGCCAUGGCAGAAGGUAACUCCACCGUGCCUUUCCGAGGCAGAGCUGGAUGCACAUAUCCCGAGUACCACUGUAUGUUCAGCGAUGUGGUCACUGCUCGGCGGCCCGUCUCUGGGCUUCUUUCCUCCACAGUGCUGGGCGGCGUCUACAAAUAUGUAUCCGACUCAGGCUGGCGUGCUGGUUAAGGCGCGCGCCCCGGUAGAGGACGUUUCGCUCGUCUCCUUCUUCAUCUCGGCGGAAGUGGGUCAGAUCGUGACACCGCCGCCGAAGCAGUUCUGCAUGCUCUGUUGGAUGGUGGCUAAAGGCGCGACAGCAGAGCAGGCGAAGGACAACAUUCUUCGAGUGACGAAUGCCUUUGACCAGGAGGUGUCGGCAGUGUGA